UUAGUUAAAGUUUAAAUUUAGGAAACGGUACCCCAAGAUGUGUUUAAUAAGCUCAAGUUUUUUUUCAAUUUCAAAUUAAAUUAAGUCUAUUGUCUACCCUAGAAUUACUUUGAGGAAAUGGGACGUUUAAUUGCAUGUUUUUAGUUUCUAAUUGUAUCUUUAUUAUAUUGUAUUUAUUAACAUAUCGCAAACAAUAAUUAAGUUUUUUAUAUAAAAUUUGAAAACAUCAAGUAUUUGUUGUUCUUACCAUACCAAAAAACUGUUAGUUUAGCGUAUGUCAACUUUUCUUUUAUCGGAUAAUUUUGAUAAAACAUCUAUUAAACAAUUUUAAAAUAGUUUAAUUACCGUAAAUUACUUAUCGUAAUUAUUAUUCAAUAUUUUUUAAAAAUUGCGAUAGUUUGUGACAUUUGUGACUUUAUGCUUAGUACCAGAAUAACAUUUCAAUUUUAAAAGUGAAGAUGAUUAAUGAAGAAAAAAGUGUAAUACAUAUAAAAUUAAUGAAAUUAUUAGGAUUAUAUCAAUUACUUAACCAAAAAUACUCAACAAUUAUAGGUUAUAAUUUGUUAAAAUGUUUUACUUACCUUGAAAUACAAUUAAUAGUUAUAUUUGUAACUAUGAGCGUAUGGUCUGUAUUAUGGUGUUACACAGAUUUAUUUGCAAUAGUUAGAUUCAGUAUGUCUUUUGUUGGUGGAUUAGUUGCAGGUGUCAAAUUAUAUACAAUGAUUCGUACUUCAAAUAAAAUACGUAAAUGCUUACAAUACACUUCUAUCGACUACUUAAUUUAUAAAGAUCAUGAUAAAGAUUUACUUAUGGAAGAAUCAAUUCUUGUACUCGCAUGGUGUCAUGUAACAAUAGCAUAUGGUGUUUUGUUCAUGUCAAUAUGCAUUACAAUUAGCUAUCAAUUGAAAUGUAUUUCUUCAUCGUGUGCACAAUUGGGAUAUUCAAAAAUCAAUAUUUUAAGUAGUGAAACAGAAGAAUUGACAGUAUUCAAUAAUUUCAAAACAUUGAUUGAAGAUCAACUUCGUACCUUUAGGUUCAUCCGAGAGAUUUACACUAUUUUUCAACAAAAUACAAUCUUACAAAUUGCAUUAAAUUCGUCUCUAUUUUUGACUCUAUUAUUUCAAUUUAUUGUGAAUAUUUCUAAAGGACAACCCAUAGUUUCAUUUCAAAACGUUUUAUUUAUAUUUACUGCUUUUUCUAAUUUAUUUGAAAUGUUAAUUGCAUGUUAUUUUUUUCAAAUAAUAAAUGACGAAAAAGAAAAAAUAAAUUUUGCAUUAUACAGUUGUAAUUGGACAGAGAUGGGUAUUGAAUUUCAAAAGCUUAUUUUAAUAGGUAUGCGUGUAAACGAUGCAGAAAAAACAAAAAUGAAAAUUACAACACAAAAGCUAAUAGAUGUACAUCUAUUUGGAGAGAUAAUUCAAAGAUCGUAUUCAAUAUUGUCUGUGUUUGCCAACUGUGUAUUUAGAUAAAACAAAAAUUCAUUUUUUUCAAUUAUAUACAUUGAUUUUUAUCAACUAAAUCAAUUAGGCCAAUGGCAAAAUGUUUAAGCACAGAGUUUAUAAAUAGUACUCAAUAAUAUAAAUACAGAAAUUAA